AUGAAUUCCUUAUUCUUGUGGCUUAUAAUUACCAGUAUAAGUAACGCUUGUGCUGAAGGCUAUCGUUUGGAGGGCAUUUCUUGGAGAUUUUGUACCAGUAAUGAAACAUGGAGUGGAAAGGAGCCAUCUUGUAUUGCUAUUAAAUGUUCACCUCCAAGAUCCAUUGAUAAUGGGAUAGUCCUGGAUAACGGCAGGACAGAGUUCUUGUACGGUGACAUGGUGCGGUAUAAAUGUACGGAGGGCCACGUAAUGCAGGACGGAGAUACGGAUCACAUCUGUCAAGAUACCGGGUCCUGGUCGGGUCGCUUACCUAUCUGUGUUACUGUAGCAUGUGGUUCAGUCCCAUACGUACCUCACUCACAGACCACACUGUUGAAUGGAACUCUAACCUACAACUCUGUUGUAAAGUACACCUGUGCUCAGGGAUAUACAAGUCAGAGUGACGCUAUCGACAUCAGCAAAUGUCAACCAAACGGAGCUUGGUCUGUCGUAACUAUAACGUGUUCUAUAGUUCAUUGCCCGACGUUCCCACUAAUUGCCCACGGAACUGUUACUGGAGAGAAUGUUGCUUAUGGUAGUCAUAUUUCUGUUGUUUGCGAUGACGGUUUUUCACUCAUUGAUAGUCAGAUAGGAUGCCUUGCAAACGGAAGUUGGAAUAUCACACAAACUCCUCGUUGUCAGCAAAUCCUCUGUCCUACACCUGAUUCCAUAUCGAAUGGAAACGUAUACUUCAGUGAUUUAACUGUCGGUGUGACAGUAAACUACACCUGUAGUUCUGGAUUCAAACUGAUUGGUGACAAUCAAAGAAGGUGUUCCCAGGCAGGUGAAUGGACCGGAAGUGCUCCAGUAUGUCAACAACAAGUCUGCAAGGAACCCCCUAUUUUCCCAAAUACUGUCGUUUCCAGGAAUAGAACAGAGUAUCGUGUGUCAGAUUCAGCUCAAUACUCUUGCCUACCAGGAUACACAAUGUCUGUACAGAGCACAACUCGGUGCAACAGUUUUGGAAUUUGGGAAGGGUCAGGUCCAUCAUGCACCAAAAUCAAAUGUGAACAGCCUAGAGCAUUUGAAAAUGGUAGAACGCAAUAUGUUGACGUAUCUUUUGGCAGUGAGGUAAAUUUCACAUGUAAUGAAGGUUAUAUCCUUUCUGGAGCUAGUAGUAUAAGUUGUCUCGAAACGGGUGUAUGGAGUAGUUCCACUCCUUCUUGCCAACCCAUAAGUUGCCCAUCCCCUACAUACGUGGAAAACAGUAUUAUUGUUGGCGACGUUUAUACUUACGGAAAUAUGGUGACAUACCUUUGUGAUGAAGGGUAUGAGCAAAGUGGAGCAAGGGAUUUGAUUUGCCAAGCAGAUGGGACUUGGUCCAGUACUCCUUCCCAAUGUCAAAAAGUUCGAUGCAGACCACCCCCAGCAAUAGCACACACAAGAGUGGACAGAAAAGAGUUUUUCUUCCAAGAUAGAGUAAUAUAUGAAUGUGAAGAAGGAUACAACUUGAUUGGUAGUGCUACCCUUCAGUGUGGCUCUAAUUCAAGUUGGCUAGGAGUGGAGCCUCGUUGUGAAAUAAUAUCUUGUGGAGAUCCUCCUGAAGUUAUGCAUGCAACUGUUAGGACGACUGGACGAACAUACAAUGCCAUGGCGACAUAUAUGUGCGAUUCAGGGUAUACAAGAAACGGAGACCCAAUUGCCACUUGCACUGCAGAUGCAGCUUGGGCUUUGAGCGCAGAUUUUAGUUGUAUUCCUGUAAAUUGGGGGUUUCCCCCAAAUAUUCCUAACGCAGUUUCGGAUUUCACCUCAACAGACUACCUUUCUUAUGUCGUAUACCGGUGUAACCAUGGGUACACUUUGCAUGGAAAGAGUCGCGUUCAGUGUGGAGAGAUUGGAGUCUGGGAUACGUCACUUCCGGCGUGUUUGAUAGCCAGUUGUCCUCCGCCGGUUAUCUCUAGUAAUGUUUUCAUCCUAAAUGGAAGCUACAGUGUCGGUGAUACUGUGGUGUUUGGCUGUAGGGAUGGUCACGUCAUUUCCGGACAAUCCCAGAGUACAUGUACUUCUAGCGGGGUUUGGAGUUCCAGCGUUCCUGUUUGUAAAAAAGUGCAAUGUCCUUUGCUGAGUCUCUCGGGAUCCGGUUUGUUACCAAGUGUUAACAAGGACGACUUUGUGUUCGGUGAUCACGUGUCUUUCACGUGUACACAAGGAUAUGUUAUUGUGGGUGGCACAAGACUCGAGUGUCAGUCUGAUGGCACCUGGAGUGGAUCUUUACCUACCUGUACACUACGGGUGGCAGCAGCUUGUCCCAUUGAGACGGGGAUCCCUAGUACAAAGAAUUUCAGCCAGGGUUUUCCGGUGGGUCAUACAAGAAUGGCGGUCUGUAAAGCUGGGUAUGAGGAGGCAGGAGGUUUAGAAGUCACGUGUCAAGCCAAUCAAAUAUGGUCGACACCCAGCGGUUACUGUAGAAAGCUGUAUUGUGGGAAGCCUCCUAUUACCGACAUGGUGAAUGUCAUUCGAGUCCAGGGGAGAUCUUAUUUCUACAAAGAUCAGGUCCGCUAUCAAUGUAGACCCGGUAUUCCACCAAUGAAAAUACCCCCUGUUAUCACGUGCACUGACAGUGGCCAAUGGGACGGCAAAAUAGCGUGUUAUAUGCCGUGUAAGGGCGGAUGUAGGAACGGAGGGACUUGUCUCGGAUACCUUGGCUGUAAAUGUCCCGUAGGAUAUGGCGGGAAAAGAUGUGAAAGGGCUUUGUGCAUUCUGCCCUGUCUUCACCGAGGUCGGUGUGUAGCACCCUAUCAGUGCGCAUGUCCACAUGGCUAUACAGGAUCCCGCUGUCAGUCUGCCGUGUGUGACCCGCCCUGUGCGAACAGAUGAAUCUGUGAACAACCAAACGUCUGUCGAUGUCAGCAUGGCUUCCAAGGACCACGUUGUAAAAGUUCAGAUCUGCGGACAUUUGAGCGGGCAGCUCGAGCUCGACAGUCCACAACCACCAGUACAACGGCAGCCCCGGGGUGGUCCUGGCGGUAGAGCGUCAUUUAGUGGUUACUUCUCACUGAAGUGAAUGGCAUUGCAUUUUAGAAAAAAAAUUGUGAAAUACAUGUUUGCAAAUCAACAGAAAUAAAUCUAAUUAUAAAGUCUUAA